ACCCUACAAUACCAGUGUGACGCACGCGUAUUUAAUCCGCUACCAAAAGCAGAGAUGGCGGUAGUAGUCGCCUUUCCUCCUGCUUCUGCUUCUGCUCGCUUCGACUCCCUCCGCCGCCGCCGCCCCAUUACAACGACGCCCUUCUCCGGUUAUUUUGGAGCAGCCUGUAGGAGACUUGUUUCAACGAGGACGAGGGUGCACGCCGCAGCCAUGAGUGACGGGACGUCCGUGUCCACGACUGCCCCUCCGGAAGUGCCCACAACAAGAACUGAUAGAGAUCGGAUUGGAAGUGUCAAACAACAACUGUCAAGAUUAUUGAAAGAAUCCCUUCAAGCUCUAUUUCCAUAUGAAAUUGAGCCCCUGGUUGCAGCUUGUCAAGCAAAAUUUGGUGACUAUCAAUGUAAUAAUGCGAUGGGCCUCUGGUCACAAUUGAAGGGAAAACCGACAGAGUUCAAAAAUCCCAAUUCCAUUGGCCAGGCGAUUGCCAAAAAUCUUCCUCAGUCUGAAGUUAUUGAAUCUACCUCUGUUGCAGGACCUGGAUUUGUCAAUAUAACUUUGUCAAACAAAUGGAUAUCUAAGCAUAUUCAUAACAUGUUGGUAAAUGGUAUUGAAGAAUGGGCGCCAAUACUUUCAGUUACUAGGGCAGUGGUGGACUUUUCAUCACCCAAUAUUGCAAAAGAAAUGCAUGUUGGUCACUUAAGGUCCACCAUAAUCGGUGAUACUCUUUCUCGCAUGCUGGAGUUCUCAAAUGUUGAAGUCCUUAGACGGAACCAUGUUGGUGACUGGGGUACACAGUUUGGCAUGUUAAUCGAACAUUUGUUUGAUCAAUUCCCUGAUUGGGAGGAUGCUGGGGAUCAAGCUAUUGGAGAUCUUCAGGCAUUCUAUAAGGCAUCAAAGCUUAGGUUUGAUCAGGAACCAGCUUUCAUGGCAAGGGCACAACAAGCAGUUGUUAGGCUGCAGAGUGGGGAAGACAAAUAUAGGCAUGCUUGGAAAAAGAUAUGUGAAAUCAGUAGGAAGGAGUUUGACCUGGUUUAUCAGCGCCUUCAGGUCCAGUUAGAGGAGAAGGGCGAGAGCUUUUAUAACCCUUACAUUCCAGAUGUGUUGGAGGAGUUCAAUAAGGAAGGACUGAUCAAGGAAAGUGAUGGUGCUCGUGUGGUGGAGAUAAAAGGACAUAACAUUCCUUUAAUUGUUAUCAAGAGAGAUGGUGGAUACAACUAUGCCUCCACUGAUCUGGCUGCUCUUUGGUACCGGUUAAAUGUGGAGAAGGCAGAGUGGAUUAUAUAUGUAACUGAUGUUGGUCAGCAGCAGCAUUUCGAUAUGUUUUUCACUGCUGCUAGAACAGUUGGUUGGCUUCCAGAUCCUGCUAAAAAUACAUAUCCAAAAACAAGUCAUGUGGGAUUUGGUCUAGUUCUUGGAUCAGAUGGAAAGCGCUUUCGAACACGUAGCUCUGAAGUUGUUCGACUGGUAGAGUUACUUGAUGAAGCUAAAAGUCGCAGUAAAGCUGAACUGAAGAAGCGUCUUGAGGAUAAUGGUAAAAUUAAAGACUGGAAAGAUGAUGAGCUUGAUAGCACUGCUGAGGCAAUUGGAUAUGGUGCUGUCAAAUAUGCAGAUCUGAAGAACAAUCGUCUGACUAAUUACACAUUUAGUUUUGAUCAGAUGCUAAAUGACAAGGGAAAUACUGCUGUUUAUCUAUUGUAUGCACAUGCUCGGAUAUGUUCCAUUAUCAAGAAAUCGGGUAAAGAGAUAGAAGAGUUAAAGAAUUUGGAAGCCAUUGUGCUGGGUCAUCCUGAUGAGCGUGCCUUGGGACUUCAUCUUAUUCAAUUUGCAGAGAUAGUCGAGGAGGCUUGUUCCAACCUGCUUCCAAAUGUUUUGUGCGAGUACCUAUACAAUUUGUCUGAGAUGUUCACGAGGUUCUACACCAGCUGUCAGGUGAAUGGGUCCCCGGAGGAAGCAAGCAGGUUGUUGUUAUGCGAGGCAACCGCAGUCGUCAUGAGGAAGUGUUUCCAUCUUCUCGGAAUCACCCCUGUUUACCGGAUAUGAAAGACUGUCAGUUUCGAGUAUCAGUUGUAGUCGUUGGCUGAGGUCUCAAAAAUGAAUCCAUUUGUCAUUUUAUUACCAAGUGAAAUGAAUUCAGUACUAAUGGUAAAUGCAUUAAUGAUGUACUGUUUUAUUUAUAGGAGAAACCAAAGCAUUGUCAUA